AUGUCAUUGCCAUUCCAAGCGAUUGAAUGUUAUUUGGCACACGUGCAACCCAUUGAUGGAACAUGGCAAUGGGGUGAGGCAGCGUUUGCACACUUUCAAAAACUUUGCAUGGGCAAAGUAAUGAAUGCAACAGUGGUUGGAUUCAAUGUGAAUGAUAAAGUUCCUAUGGUAGAAUUGACAGUACUGGAUGAGGAAAAUAAGCCAAUACGCGUUGACAAGGACCUAAUGGAAAAUGGUUUCGCCAAAGCAUCGGAUCCUUCGAAGCUGCAAAAAGUGGCAGUAUCAAAAACCCGGACGUUGUCCACGCACUCUACGGCUCCUGUGAUUGCGGCAGUCUAA